UUUCUACACCGAGUUCUUCCAGGAAAUCAACAUCUCUGUAGUGUUAAACCUACCUUAUCUCAAUCUCUCUAGGUAUUUUUUUCAACUUUUAUUAGAACUCGGACCGGGCCUAGGACAAAGGCCGCCUAUACCAGGCCCAGUCCGUCACCGGGCCUAACAGAGUUAAAUCCGCGUUCUCCAAUCAUGCAACCUAAAUUGGUGGUUAUCAUCUCCACCUCUCUCUCUGGCUUUCUCCAAAUAAAACGCUUUAUUAACUCCCCUAAAACCUCCUAUACUUCUUCUGGAUUUCACUCUAUCUCCUCCCCAGUUCCUAUAUCUUUUUUUUUCACUCUAAACCGAUAAAAGCAAACCACUGAAGAAACAAAAAAAUCGAUGAAGCAAAUCUGUAAAAUGGAUUUAUGAUAACCCAAGUUUUGCUGACUGCUGACGCUUUCUCAGUUUACAAGUGAAGAGCUUAAAAGGGCUACCCCAAAGGCAAAACCGCGAUCUUUUCUCUCAUAGUAAAUCUCAGUUUCUCUCUCGCUCGCUCGCUCUAGAAUCCCGAUCUCAAUGAAACCCCUACUCAGAACCAUAACCAGAGGCCUCUCCUCCAUGCCUUGGAUUUCUCCUCUCCUUCACCCUCCAAAACCACCACCCUGCACCUCUCUAAUCACUCCUCCUGAACCCCCUAAACCACCCAAGUUCGUUAACCAUGAAACCGCAAUCGAGCUCAUUAAAAACCAGAGAGACCCACAAAGGGCCCUUGACAUUUUCAACAGAGCAAAGGCCCAAAGAGGCUUCUAUCACAACCACCAAACCUACUCCACCAUUCUCCACGUUCUUGCAAAGGCUCGCAAAUUCGAUGCAGUGGAGGGCAUUCUCCGGCAGAUGAGCCUUGAGCCCUGUCGUUUCUAUGAAGGCCUCUUCCUAAACCUCAUGACCCAUUUCUUCAAAUCCCAAAUUCCAAACAAAAUUGUUGAAACUUUUUACAAAAUCACUCCUUUUACAGGUUCUCGCCCCUCUCUUAAGGCCCUCAGCACUUGUCUCAAUUAUCUUGUUGAGCUUUACCAGCUCGACAUGGCUAAGACCCUACUGACCGAUCUUAAGAACCUCAAGUUAACACCCAACACCUGCAUUUUCAAUAUCUUUGUGAAAUAUCAUUGCAGAAACGGAGAUAUGGAUAGCGCAUUCUCAGUUGUUGAGCAAAUGAAGAUGAAUAAUUGCGCCCCUAAUGUGAUCACAUACUCCACUCUCAUGGGUGCAUUGUGUGAUGAUGGUAGGAUUGAGAAUGCCAUUGAACUGUUUGAGAAAAUGAUUUCUCAAAACAUUUUGCCUGAUUCUGUGGCAUAUAAUGUGUUGAUAUCUGGGUUUUGUCGAAAGGGGAACAUUGAGGGGGCCAAGAAAAUCAUGGGUUUUAUGAGGAGAAAAGGGUGUGAACCCAAUCUCUUCAAUUACUCGACCUUGAUUGAUGGACUGUGUAAGGGAGGGAGGUUAGAGGAGGCGAGGUCAACUUUCAAGGAAAUGAAGCUAAGUGGGUGUUGGCCUGAUUCCAUCACAUAUACUGCCCUUAUCAGUGGGGUUUGUAGAGAAGGUAGGGUUGAUGAGGGGCUAGAAUUGAUGAGAGAGAUGAAGGUGGGGUGUAAGAUUGAUGUUGUUGUUUUCAAUGUGGUGAUUGGGGGCCUAUGUAGACAGAAUAGGUUUGAAGAUGCCAUUAAGAUGCUGGAGAGGAUGCCCCAUGAGGGUGUUAAUCCAAACAAGGGCAGUUACAGGAUUGUGUUAAAUUUCUUGUGCACGGAAGGGAAGGUUGAUUUGGGAUAUGGGCUGCUGAAUUUGAUGCUCGGAAGGGGCUUCUUGCCCCAUUUCGCCACCUCAAACCAGCUACUGGUUUCUCUCUUUAAGGAAGGGAGAGUGGGUGAUGGAGUCAAGGCUCUGCACAAUUUGUUGGAGAAGGGGGUUAUACCUGAUUCGGGUUCUUGGGCAUCCUUUGUUGAAUCAGUUUGCAAGGAGAGGAAAAUUUUGAGAGCAGUUGAAUUGCUGGAUGAUAUUUUGGAUCACCGAACUGAAAUUAUCACUAGUGUGAAUUCAUCAAUUGGUGGAGAAGCGGUUUAUACCUGAUAGGAAUUUGUGAUCUCCCUUCAUUUCUGAGUUUUGGAUUGUCACAGGGAAGUAUAUAUAUUUAGUUUAUUGUAUGAUUCAUGAAGACUCGGUUGAACAUGCAUCAAAUGGCUCCCAAGAAAUGUAAUUGGUGGGAGGGUGUUGACGUAGCAUGAAAUUGCCCCCUCAGAUGCAACUUUGUUUACUCGUAUCUCUUAACAACGGAAUCUGCUUCAA